CCCCCCCGUCCCCCUCGGAGGGAGAGAGCUGAGAUUGUGACCAGACCGGGGGGGGAGUGGAGGGAGAGACGAGGGAGAGACGCAGCAGCAGCUGCUGCUGAGGCGCUAAGAGGCUCCGGCAGAGGACCGUCAACCACCCAGAGGACGACCGUAGAGGACCCGGGACGACCGUAGAGGACCCGGGACGACCGUAGAGGACCCGGGACGACCGUAGAGGACCCGGGACGACCGUAGAGGACCCGGGACGACCGUAGAGGACCCGGGACGACCGUAGAGGACCCGGGACGACCGUAGAGGACCCGGGACGACCGUAGAGGACCCGGGACGACCGUAGAGGACCCGGGACGACCGUAGAGGACCCGGGACGACCGUAGAGGACCCGGGACGACCGUAGAGGACCCGGGACGACCGUAGAGGACCCGGGACGACCGUAGAGGACCCAGGACGACCGUAGAGGACCCAGGACGACCGUAGAGGACCCAGGACGACCGUAGAGGACCCAGGACGACCGUAGAGGACCCAGGACGACCGUACAGGACCCAGGACCGCCGUAGAGGACCCAGGACACCUCACUUCCAGGGUUAGGGUUAGAGGACGACCGUAGAAGACCCCCGGUGAGGAGGACCCCCCCGGUGAGGAGGACCCCCCUGGUGGACCAAGCUCCUCUCCGAGCCCCCGUCCCCCCGGACCAGCAUGAGGAUGAGGGAGCUGUCCCUCCGCCAGGACCCGGACCUGAGGAAGGAGCUGGCCCUGCUGGCCCGGGGCUGCGACUUCGUCCUGCCGUCCCGCUUCAAGAAGAGGCUGAGAGCAUUCCAGCUAGGACAGGCCGAGGUGAGGACGGAGGUGCCGGUUGCCGUGCCGACGCCGCUGAGCCAGAGCGUCCCCCGGUUCUACUUCCCUCAGGGACGACCGCGGGACGUCCCCAGCGUGGACGUCCUCAUCUCCAGGGUGGAGGACGCCUUCGCCCGGUUCCCCGGGGAACGGGCGUCGGCCGGGGACAUGCCGGCCGUCGCCAAGGCCUGCGGCGUCCCCCUCUACUGGAAGCUUCCUUUGUUCAGCUCGGCUGGAGGAGACAGGACGGGCUUCGUGUCGGUCCACAAGUUCGUGGCCAUGUGGAGGAAAACUCUGCUGACGUGUCACGACGAGGCGUCCAAGUUCAUCCACCUGCUGGCCAAACCCGGCUGUAAUUACCUGGAACAAGACGACUUCAUCCCCUUCCUGCAGGAUGUGGUGAAUUCCCACGCAGGCCUGGCGUUCCUGAAGGACGCGCCGGACUUCCACUCCAGAUACAUCACCACGGUGAUCCAGAGGAUUUUCUACAACGUGAACCGGUCCUGGACCGGGAGGAUCAGCUGCUCGGAGCUCCGGAGGAGCCACUUCCUGCAGGACGUGUCCCUGCUUGAGACGGAGGACGACGUGAACCAGCUGACCGACUUCUUCUCCUACGAACAUUUCUACGUGAUUUACUGCAAGUUCUGGGAACUGGACACGGAUCACGACCUGUACGUGGACCGGGAGGACCUGGCCCGGCACAACGACCAAGCCGUCUCCCAGAGGAUGAUUGACAGGAUCUUCUCAGGAACCGUGACCAGGGACCGGCGGGUCAGAAAGUCGGGCCGGCUGAGCUACGCAGACUUCGUCUGGUUCCUCAUCUCCGAGGAGGACAAGAGGACGGACACCAGUAUAGAGUACUGGUUCCGCUGCAUGGACCUGGACGGGGACGGGGUUCUGUCCAUGUACGAGCUGGAGUUUUUCUACGAGGAGCAGAUUCAGAAACUGGACAGUCUGGCCAUCGAACCGCUGCCGUUCCAGGACUGUGUGUGUCUGAUGCUGGACGCCGUUAACCCGGAGGUCAAAGGUCAGAUUUCUCUGCGGGACCUGAAACGGUGUAAACUCUCCCACGUUUUCUUCGACACUUUCUUCAACAUCGAGAAGUAUCUGGACCGAGAGCAGAGAGACCCGUUCUCCGUCAGACGGGAUCCAGACUCAGACGGUCCUGAACUCUCAGACUGGGAGAGAUUUGCAGCAGAGGAGUACGACCUGCUGGUGGCCGAGGAGGCGGCUAGCAACCCCUGCACCGACAUGUUGGAUCGGCCUCUCAGCCCGUUGGAGCAGCUCGUCUCCUCCUCCGACCCGGUUCUGGUGAAGAGACAGUUCUUUGAGGUUCCCAGUCCGGACCUGGACCUGGAUCUGGAUCAGUACCAGUACCAGGACGAGGGCGACUUUGAAUAAAGUCCAGACCCAGACCCGGGUCUGGGUCUGGACCCGGGUCUGAAGACUGUGUCAUGUCCGGCUCAGCGAGGCUGAUUCUCCCACAAACCCCGAACAAACAAGUUCCAACGAGGAGAUUCCAGUCUCCGUCUUGUACGUCAGGACCGGAUCACCGGACCAGGACCGGGUCACCAGGACUGAACCAGAAUCUUCCAGAAUCCAGAAGCUGCAGUGGUUCUGCUGCCCCAGCGUGACCUCUGACCCCGGCUCUAGCACGGAGCUAACACGGACAGUAAAGGUUCCUCCUCGGUGCAGAAUCAUAGUCCAGACUGUCGGUGCAGAACCGGACCGGAUCAAACUACUGGCUCGUGUUACAUUCCACUGAUCGAUUCCUUUGAUUAUGUAAAAACAGCCAGUUUAACACACACACACACACACACACACACACACACACACACACACACCUGUGUUCUUCAUGUAUAUUUGCGGUGGAUCUAAAUCUAAAUUAUUAGGAUGAAUUAAUUAAUCUUGUACAUAUUUAUCUUGUUGUGUAAACGACUUUUCUAUGUUUGAAAGUUUCAUGUAACAGAGUAAAAGUUUGGGUUUUUCUC